GACACUCGUCAUUUCUUCUCUCCUCUGCGAUUUCGGAACAUACAUAUCUAUUCGAAUCCAAAUCGCCCUUGUUUCUUCCCCGGCAAGUCUUUCAGUAGAGUCGCCCAAGAAUUUUCAAUUUCGGAACCUACUUUUCUUUUGUUCGCAUCCCUUUCUCCGGUCGGAAAGUGAAGCCCAAGACGUAUCUCUGUCUGCAACUUGACGAACACUUGCAAAGUCGGAAUCUUUGUCAUAGAAUGGAUGUGUCGCCGCAAUUAUGGAUUGCGAGAGUAUUUGUUCUUACGCAGCUCGUACAUGGAGCUUUGUGUUGGGGCAAGGAAGGUCAUUACGCCAUUUGCAAAAUAGCCGAGGGCUAUUUCGAGAAUGAUACAGUUGCUGCGGUGAAGGAACUUCUGCCCAAAUCAGCGGAAGGUGAUCUAGCAGCUGUGUGCUCGUGGGCCGAUGAAAUUAAACACCAUUACCAUUGGCGGUGGACAAGCCCUCUGCACUAUGUUGACACUCCUGAUUUCAGAUGCAACUAUAUGUAUUGUCGGGACUGCCAUGACACCCAUGGACACAAAGACCGGUGUGUGACCGCAGCAAUUUUCAAUUACACAAUGCAACUGAUGUCGGAUUAUCAAAGCACAAAAGCUAUAGUCAAAUACAACUUGACAGAGGCCCUCAUGUUCUUGUCUCAUUUCAUAGGAGAUGUUCAUCAGCCUUUACAUGUUGGUUUUCUUGGAGAUCUAGGCGGUAACACAGUAACGGUCCGAUGGUACCGUAGGAAGACAAAUUUACACCAUGUGUGGGACGACAUGAUAAUCGAUUCUGCUCUCAAAACGUUCUACAAUUCAAGUCUUUCGCUCAUGAUUCAAGCCCUUCAAAGCAAUCUUACGAACGGAUGGCUAAACGAUAUUCCAUUGUGGGAAUCAUGUCAACACAACCAAACUGCCUGUCCGAAUCAGUAUGCUUCUGAAAGCAUAAAUCUGGCCUGCAAGUAUGCUUACAGGAACGCCACCCCCGGGACAACUUUAGGAGACGAAUACUUUCUGUCUCGGUUGCCUGUGGUGGAGGAGAGGCUCGCUCAGGGCGGUAUUCGACUGGCUGCCACUCUUAACCGGUUAUUCACUUCUAAACCGAAGUUAACCGGAGCAUAAAGGAGGAAGAAAACGUCCAAAUUUUCAAGUGCUAAAUCACUGGACCGGACCAUAUUUGUGGAGUAUGGAGUGAGGCCAAAAUGUCAGCAGAAUUCUUGUUUUCUUCGUUCAUUCCGGCGAGCCGACAGGAUCAUGUCCAGACAGCAAACUGUGUGUAAAUGUAUUUAUUUAUAACUCUUUUAAAUGUCAAUUCCAUUACCUAAGAAAACACUUUUUUUUUUUUA